AUGCCAUUAUUUUCCAAAUCAAGAAAAGCACCACUAUCAUUAAAUACACUCUCGAAUGCAUUAAAGACUCAUGGCUCCAAGACACUAUCGCCGGAGGAAGUGAAUGCAAAAUCCAUUGAUGUGUCAGUAAUUAAUCAAAUUGGUAUUCCACCCGAUUCCAUCGAGGCUGUGGCGUACGACCCUAUCCAAUCCUUAUUGGCAGUCUCAACAAAAAAUAAUGAUGUACGUGUCUAUGGCCAAAUUAAUGUGGAAGUAGUGUUUGAGUUCAACUUGAAGCACCCGAUAACUUUCCUCAAGUUUGUUAAAGGUGUCUACUUACUUUGCGGAUCGCCCGGAUCAGGCCUCACAAUACUAUCGCUCCACUCCAAACAAAUUUUGGGCAAGGCACUGUUUCCGGGAACCGUUACUGCAACCGAAAGUGAUCCAGCUUUGGACUGGCUAAUACUAGGGUUGGCAAAUGGUAGUCUACUAUUCUUUGACAUUGAUCGUAAUAAUUUAACACCAUUCCGUAUUGAUAAUUUACAGAAACGGGUGUUGCCCAAGGAGAAAAUGUCACCAGUCGUUUCGAUAGAAUGGCAUCCUCGAGACAUAGGGACCUUAUUAGUUGCAUACAAUCAAUGCGCGGUUGUUUACUCGCUUGUCUCGGCAGAAGUGAAGAGUGUUUUAGUUUACGAAUUAACAAAACAAAAUAGAGCAUUUGAAUACAGCACACAUAUUGCCAAUGGUGGGAAAAAGAAGAUAUUUGGUAGCCAAAAGAUGGUUAGACCAUCUGUUGUUGAAGCUCAUUUCCAUCCAAAUGGACUUCAUGCAGUGACUAUUCAUGGUGAUAAUUCGAUUGUGUUUUGGGAUCUAGAAGGUGGUGUUAUAUUGGAGGCUAGAACGCUUUUUGAAACGCUGAUACAUAAAGAAGGUCCUCCAUUGGAGAUCCCCGAAGUUUUCAAUCCUAUUGUCACUGCCAAAUGGGUUUGUGGAGAAGACCCAGAAAACACGAAAUUACUUAUUAGUGGUGGUGAUCCCUCAUCAACAAACCUGAUCCACGUGUUGGAUUUUGGCUAUACCUUGAAAUACUCGCUAACAUCGCACGAAACUCAAGGUAAGUUUUACGCUACGCCACAAAACGGCCAGCGCAAGGUUCCAAUUGACUUUUACCUCAAACCAGAAAAUACUUUGGAGUUUAUCAGGAUUAUACAACCAAUAACCGAAAAUGGAUCACCUUAUUUCCAUUGCGGGCACAACCCUUCUUAUUUAUUAUUGGUGUCAAAUUUGGGCAGAAUAUAUUUUGUUCAUUUUGCUGAUAAUGCAGGUGGUCAAGGUAGCUCUGACUUGGGCACUACGGUGUUGCCCACAUCGAUGUCACUUAUAAAUCCUCCGUUGAGUUUCAUUGAUGUUAGACAAGUUGUUAGACUUGAUUGGUAUAGCAUUAUGUCGAGUCGAGCAUCAUCAGGAGGUGGGUAUAAGGUGGCGCCUUUAUUGCAUGGUGGAGCUCCUGCAUCUUUGGCAAAUUUCCCUAAACCUAUUGGGCAAAAUGAUUCUACUAGGAAUAUCAUGAUUACUGGUCACGAAAACGGGUUGGUGAGGUUCAUAGACGUGACAAAGGGAGAGCAGCUGGGCACUGAAAGCAUUGUGCAAGUUGGUUUGAGAGAAUCUCUUUAUGAUUAUGAUAACCCAAAGAAUCUCCGAGUUUUACAUGUCUCUUGCUCUUUCCAAAACCGGCAGUUAUUGGUUGGAUUGGCUACUGGAGAAGUGGUAAUUUGCAAGUUUGGCAAAUUCAAAAAUACUGGUAAUGGGUCUAGUGCUGCACACAGGGAUUAUAGUUCCUGUCCCAUGCAACAUACCAAUGGUUCUGCACUGAUUUUGGAUAUCAGCAGCAGGAUUUCAGGCACAAUUACUCAAUCUGCUUCGUUUGCACCAGUAUUUUUACUCCGUUUAGACCCAUCAGAGCAAAUCUCUGUCCUCAAAAUGAGCGAUGCUGGAUUUGCUGCCGUAGCUUACAAGUCAGGCCGUUUAGUUGUUUGUGAUAUCUCUAGAGGGCCAGCAGUGAUUUUCAAUUUGGCAAAUGUCAGAGAGCACUUGGUAUCAAUAACUGGUAACUGCUACAUCACAACAUUGGAAUUUGCCAUCUUAGAAUAUGGAGAAGACGGUUACUCUUCAUUAAUGUUGUUGGUGGGAACCAAUUGUGGUGGCAAUCUCCUUUAUUUCAAAAUCACACCAAUGGGCAACGGUGGGUUUGAAGUUACGUUUGCAGACAAGUCGGCGCACCUCAACCACAGAAGCUCCGAUGGGGGCGAUGUUGAGGCGUCGAAAUUGCUGCAAUUGAUACCAAUUGAAUCACAGUUUGGCUUAUCCGCGGUUGCUAAUCAAGAGAGGUUUAAUCAACUUGCAAGUGGAAUGCCAAUUCCAGGUUUAGUAGUGACGAUUUCUGAUAGAGACAUCCGUGUAAUUAAGACACCAAAGACGAAACUUGCGCACAAAGUUUAUGAUGAUUCGUGUUUAAAAGCAGCAGUUGUUAGUUACAAGGACAAAGGUGUCAUGUUAGCAGUUUUGGUGAAAACAGGAUUCCUUAAACUUGUCUCUCUUCCAGCAUUGCUGGAAAUUGCAUCUAUAAAACUUCCUAAGGAGACGUUCCUGAAAUUACAAGAGUCAAUACAAUCAGGAUUGGCCAAUGACUCUAACUUGUUGGCCUCGGGGGAAAUGUAUCUAAGAUUGUCUCAAACCGAAUUUGUUUGUGCUUCUGCAUAUGAAAAGCUGCGAUUCAAGGGAAAUGCAGAUACAGAUAGGUUGUUCAAUCCGGACUUGAUUAUACCACCACGUCCUGCUGGAAGUACAUUAUCGUGGGCUAAAGGUCAAAUACGCUAUUGUAGUGUGGACGACUUGGCCAUGCUUAUAGCUGGUCCUAAUCGAAAAGCACCCAAGACGGAAGAGUCUAAAUUGGCACAUAAUAUAAGUCCCGAAGCCAACCCACAGAAUAGUUAUGGUGGGUAUAAUCCAAAACCUGUUGGAAGGCUGCAACUGCCAUCUAAACAGCAGCAGCAGCAGCAGCAGCAGCUGGGAAGUGCAUAUGAACAACCAAGAAGGAGAGGUACUGGGGCAAAUCAAGGUUAUGGACUUGGUCAGCAAGGAUUUAUGAAGAGCAUACAAAAUGGGUUACAAAGUGCAGAAGAAACGUUUAACGAUUACGCCAAUAGCGCCAGUCAAACAUUCACCGAGGGCUUUGAAGAUCAAAAGAAAUCAUUUUAUAGUUCCGCUUUGCAAAGUAAAUUUGGUUUUUAA